GCCCUAAUUUCGAAACAUGGCGUCUGCGUGCUUACGUAGAAUUGUGAAGACUGUUCACAUCUCUUCUGUUAUUCCCAACUUAGUAGACGAUCUUACAAAACGUUUACCUCAAAUAACCUUUAUCAAUGUUCCUGUUGGAUGCACUGGAGGUAAAUUAGCAUGAUUUAAAAUUUUAAACCCAUCAUUUCAAUCAGCAAGGGUGUUCUUGUUCUCGGCCCACAUUACAACACACUUCAUGGCCCGGCCCCGAACAGGUGAAGGACUUAAGUUGGAGAAGCAGGGGAGCGUUGGGAGUGUAUUCAUAGCGUUUACCCCAUGAAUUUAAAGAAGUCAUCGACUUCAUUUGUAUUUGAAGGUGUAAAAACAUCUUAGUUGGGGUAUUUUUAAUUGAGCACGCCUCUGUAUUUCAUUACCGCAUUAGAUCGGGGUGUUUGACAUACAGGAUUGAGACAUUUUAAUUUACAUAUUUCAUGACUAAAUAUAUAGAGAAUACAUAUUUCCCUUUGACUGCAAUGUAAUUGACCAACUGGUAGGCAAAGUAAGGCUGUUGUAGUUUGGAAACAUUGAGACCUGAACAUAACUCUAUACUGCUAGUAAAAAGCCUAGAGGGAAAGCUGUUACUUUCAAACAGCCAUGGUGAUGCAAUGUAACAGAUGCAUUCCUCAGCAGCAUUAUUUUGAGUUGGAUGGGAUUUAAUUGCAUAUAGCUAAAUUUGUUCUUAAUUUAAUUUUUUUUGUCUACUAGAGUACUCAAAUUUGCAAAGGAUAAAAUACUGUAGUUUAGUCAUUGUUACAUCAAUAUCCUGUCAGCAUAUUGCAUUGGUUAUGUGCCUUUAACACAGUUUAAUGAUUCCUAAUGAAUUCUAAAGAUAUUAUUGCCCUUAAUCAUGUCUGCAUACAGAGGUGGAGAAGCUACAAGAGGCUAAAAUAUUACUGGCUGAUCCAGACACUGCACCACAACAUUUAUCCAAACUUUCCAAACUUGAAUGGAUGCAGCUGACCUGGGCUGGAAUAGAUAAAGCUAUUCCAUAUAUCUUAUCUCAGCAAAACACCUCACUGAAGGUAACAAGAUUUGGCGGUGUCUUUGGUCCUGCUAUGGCUCAGUAUGUUAUUGGUCAAAUUGCCUCUUGGGAGAGGGAUUUCAGAAAAUUAUGGAGUAAUCAACAGAAAUGCGACUGGUAGGAAACUAUACGUUUGCCCUGACUGUAGCACACCUUCAUCUAUUAAGAUUAACUAUUUCUUGGGUCAGUGAGUGAAAAUGUAAGGUCUUACAAAUAAUGUAUCAUAAAUAUUGGUAAUCUUUUGGUACUUCUGGGCCUAAUUGUUCAAACAGAUAAAUUGCUCUCCAGCAUAUACGUAUUAAUUAUACAUAUCUACCAGAGUGAGAUUUAUCUAAUGGAUAGCAUCAUCCACACUUUGAACAACUGGGGCCUGAGUAUUACAUAUCAUUAUGCUCACUGAUAGCAAAGAAACUGAGGAGUUGAAGAUACAUCACAGACGAUUUUACGAUAUUUAUUUGAUCCCUGUUUUAUUGUUUUCCGUCAAAGGUGGCCCUCAUGACAAUAAUUGAGAGCAUCACAAAUUGAAAUUGUAACCUUAGUCAGUUUGCAUGUGGUAUUAACCCUUUACACUUUAACGCCAGUCUGCAUAGUCUCCAAUUACUAAUCUUUAAACAUUUCCUAUGUUACUAUCAAAGAGAAUUUGUCAGACAAUCAAGAGCUUCUCUCGUUUUUGAUCAUUUUGAUUCAUUCUCAUAACCUUGAUGUUUGUUUCAGGAAUGAUACUGUAAGGAGAAAUUGGAUGCUAGUUACUCCUACAGUUAAAGGGCUAUUAAUACCCUAACAUCAGUAUACAUAUUCUCAGUACUGUUAUCUUCACAUUUUGUAAGGUGCUAACAGGGAGAAUUUGUUUCAUAACCAAGAGCCUAUUCCGUUGGAGAUCAUUUUCUUUAUUCGUGUGAUCCUAAUGGUUUAUUUAGGGGUGAUAUUGUAAGGAGAAAUUAUAUGCUAGUCACUCUCGGGGGUGAAAAGGUUAAAGUGAUCCAAUGGUUAAAUGUAACUUUUAGUGGCGUGAGCAUAACUUUACUACCUUUGAGAGACAUAUUUACAUUUGUCAUCACUUUGAAUAAAAUUAUUUGAAAAAAAAACCAUUAUGUAAGGAAAAUCAUCAGAAUUCAUUUUUAUGAAAUGUGUUCAUGAUGUUUAAUUUUUUGUGUUAAUCACAAGACUUUUAAUUGUUUUUCAAGGAAUACUGAUCACUAUUCUUACCGUGUGAUGCCAAAACUGACCAUUGGUAUUCUUGGACUAGGAGACAUUGGAGAGUAUGUUGCAAAGAUGUGCAAAGCUCUUGGUAUGACUGUCUGGGGUGUUGGGCGUCGUGAAAAGUCGGAUAGACAAGAUACAGUUGACCACUAUACAACUAUAUCAAGACUUCCUGAAGUUCUACAGUCAUGUGACUAUGUAUGUAACUUAUUACCAAGUACACCUGCCACAAAGUAUCUUUUAUCUGGAAGAGUACUUGAGAGUGGUAAAGACAAGCGUCUUGUUUUCAUUAAUGUUGGCAGAGGAGAUGUAAUAGAUGAAAAAAGUCUAAUAUAUGCAUUAGAUCAAGGGUGGAUAUCAGGUGCUAUUUUAGAUGUGUGUGAAGUUGAACCACUACCAAAGGAAAGUCCUUUGUGGAAAAUGCCUCAAGUGAUAAUCACACCUCACAUUGCAGCAAUUGCAUUUCCAGAAGAGGUAAAUUGAACAUGAGCUUGAAAGAGUGAAGACCAGGUGACAAGUUGUUGCAACAUGGUUAAAAUUUAAAUGUCUUUGCAACAGAAUUUUGGUCGCGCAAGAAGUUGCACAAACUCACACCGCUUUGGAUUUGUGCAAUGAUUAAGGCAAUAAACGAGUUGUAAAGACUUGUUUUGGGAGCACUAAGUACAAAAGAAUUCUUCACAGAGACCUCUCUCUUUAUCUUGUCACCUGGUGAGCAUUAGUCGUUGUGGAUUAUAAAACCUGCUAUUGUCAUUUACCAUUAUGUAGCAGCUUUGUUCAAUAUUUAAAUCCUAGCUGGAAAAGAAUGUUUGUCAUGUGAAGCUAGUUUAUUGUCUGAAUAUCUGAUACGUGUAGUUGUAACUCAGAAGCAAAGUUUUUAAAUCAAAACAGGUUUAUAAUUUAACAGAUGAAAAAAAAUAACUGUACUGUUUGAGCUUGGUAUUUUCUCUUAAUUUUCUUUUAUCUUUUACUUACCAGUAUUUAUUGAUAUAUGUUUUGAUUUGUUUGUUUUUAAGGUUGCAGAGUUGUUUGCUGAAAACCUUUUGUUGUUUGAAGCUGGGGAAAAGCUCAAGUUUGAGGUGGAUGUUGAACAUGGGUAUUGACUAUUAAAAAUCAUCCAAUCAUCUAUCUUACUUAAUAUGAAUUUUUGUUGAGAUUGAUGUGGAGCAUGCUAAGAGUGUGGCCAUUAUGAGAGAAAACAUUUAAAAUCAGUGAUAUGUUCCAGAAGUUGAGGACAAGUUAUUAAUUACACUGAGUAACACAUGUAGGGUAAUUGAAUUGAAGACUUUAUUUAUUGAGGAUAGCACGUGAUAGUGCACAAACACUAAUAAACUUGUGGUCCUCCUAAUUACAAUAAAUA